UGCCGACUGUCAUCCCGCUCUCAUGCAUGCACAGCGGCUGUAACCAACCCUGACACCGAAAACCAGGAUUUUCGUCACUUACAAACCGGAGACUGACCGAGACAAUUCUGCGAAAGCCUUUGCUACGCAUGGCUGCGGCACAGUAGCUCGCCCGCCGAAGAGUUUGCGCUUCGCGUUUUGAAGAUGUGAUGGGGGCUAUGCAAGGCGCCUGGAUUACUACCACAACUCGAAGAGACAUUUCACGUGGCCAAAUCCCGCGGCUGGCCGCACUUGGCGGCUCGAGUCCCGGAAUUCAAUCUCAUCUCGUCCGUGGACAAACUUUCUCUUGUUAACUGCUGCGUGGUAGACUUAUUCUUCAAUUCUUUCUCUUGCUCCUCCUUAUGCUGUUUCCUGCCCGUCUCGGUCCUAAAGUAUCGGAAAUCACAUCGAAUGACGUCCGCGCUUGCAAUGGACGGCGAGGUCCACUUCAUGGACUCUCCAGAAUACGCCGGUGAUAAGACUCUGCACCUCAAUAUCGCCCUGAUUAUCUGCACAACGAUUGUAGUUGGUAUCAGGCUCUAUGUUAGGGCUUUCAUGGCCAAGGCAUUGGGGCUCGACGAUUUGCUUGCGUUCUUAGCCUUCGGACUAGUGUCUGCGUUGUCCGCAAUGGAUAUUCGCCUUGUCCAGUUUGGCAGCGGAGCACACAUCGAAUAUGUCCCAAAGCCUUUACUAGCGACAUGGUUCGAGUCGCUAACAACACAGACACUGAUUUAUUUCGUCGGAACCGGGGUGAUGAGACUGUCGAUUGUGGCUUUUCUUCCCCGUUUGAGUCAAGAUAGGACGUAUCUAAUACUUGUCUACAUCACCGGCUUCUUUGUGGUGGCCCAGACUACCGGAUGCUUUUUCUAUCGCCUCACGGAGUGCAGCCCCAUAGGCGACAUAUGGAAACCUCCCUUUUUGCCAGGGCUUAACUGCGUUCCUCCCGAAGCCGAGAAUACAAUGAUGGUAGCUCACCAAGUGAUUGGUCUGAUCCUGGAUCUUGCACUGAUGGGAUUACCAAUAUGGGUCGUUUACAUGAAGAUGAUCUUCUCCCAACGAGCCUUCCAGGUUAUCUUAGUGUUCAGCGUGGGGCUCUUUGUAAUUGUUACAGGUUGUAUCCGCCUCGUAAUGUUGAAGACACUACUUUUCCUCGCCGAUCCUACCUUCAACAUGUCGACUAUAGGCGUCUGGACCGAUCUAGAAGGACACAUUGGGCUCUGGGUUGCCUCAUUUCCUGCAUUACAACCUCUCCUUCGAAUUGCCUCUUAUAAGUUUGGCUUUCGAAGUAAGCUCCAAAGCUAUGUUAAAGAAGGACGUUCGGAUACUGGCGGCGAUGGCGGUACAAGGUCGAGAUCAGGUGCUUGGACUGGUCCUGCUCGUAGCAGAGGCUAUGUACGUAACGGAAGUGGCAUCGAUACCGCAGAUAGUCAUAGCGAGAGGGGCAUCAUAUCUAGUGCAGAUAGAGAUGUGGAGAUGGACAAGAUGGAUUGCAGAUUUUCCGGCAUUCACAAACAAGUUGAUGUCGAGGUUCGAGUGGAUGAUGCACCUAGGAGGGAUAAACCAGUACAUGACACUGUGGACAAGGAUCCAAAGAGUUGGUUGGCGGAUUGAGAAGACUUCAGACAACAUAAAGUGUCCAAAUCCUGCAGUUAGGACAAAACAAGUAUUCUAGGCAAUCUCCACGGUCUUCUUCUUUCAAAGUGAAGCCGCCAUUUCAUACGUUAGAGCAGUCGGAACUUGGUGGGAGAGUUCUCAGGCAAGAGACAGCCAACCAUCAACCUUACCGGUCCGGCGUGGUAGAGCUAAGGAAACUCGACGGCAACAGUAUUGCC